AAUUUUAGUUACUGGUAGUAUUCGAAGGUGUCGUGUAAGCGUUAACUGGCAAGGAUAUGCCGGUUCGCAGAACAGGAGAAGCGCAUCGCGCAUUGGAACAACUUGAAGAGUAUCAUGCCUCAUUGGUGAGUGCUAGUUCGGCGGAAUUAAGACGACAAAUCGAAAAGCUUAUUAACAACUUCAAGGGAGCCCUUUUUCAAUCAUUAAUAGAUAUCCAAGAACUGUACGAAGACACACUGUUGAAUGAACGGAAAAGUCUCGAGCAAAAGGCAUAUGAAACACGAAAAAUUGCUCAGCGUUGGGAAGCAAACCCACCAUUUGGACGUAUAAAUGCACCGCUUGCUUCGCUGGAUUCCAGUCUUCAUUACGGUGAUCAAACUAUUCCGUACACAAAUGGUACUGAAUAUAAUAUGCAAUCGUAUUCAUUACGUGAACAGAGAAAACAGUUUACUUCGGGAGAUGGUUGGCGAUCCACAGAAAGAAUUACUCAAAUGACUCCUACAGGCCAAAUGGUCACAACCACUACAAGCGGCUUAAUUGAUAACGAUGGCAUAGAAUGGGAAAUAGAGGAAGUUGUUCUGGAGAAGGGUCAUACCGGACUUGGUUUUAGUAUUGCUGGUGGUCUUGAUCAGCCGUAUAUCGAUGGAGAUCCUUCGAUUUAUGUUACAAACAUUAUACCUGGUGGAGCUGCAGCUGCUGAUGGACGAAUGAAGAUUCAAGACAUUAUCAUGAAGGUGAACACCACUGACUGUACACGGGUACCACAUGAGACUACAGUUAACGCGUUGAAAAAUGCAGGAAAUGUUGUGCGAUUGGUUUUAAAACGACGCCGUUCAGGGCGUGAAAGUGCUGAUCUUAGAGGAAGCGUCAUUUCGCCAUAUGUUUCACCCUUGCAUGAUGGAUCAUCAUCUGUCUCAGUUCUACUGCCACCAGCUCCACCGGCUCACAGCUCUUACACCAACAUUCCUGUUCAGCGGAUGUUAAGUGAACUCGAAAGAUUGGAGCAAAUUCCAGGCGCCCAAAAAAUUGAUUUGUUCAAGGGUUCAAAGGGACUCGGCUUCAGCAUAGCUGGUGGAGUAGGUAAUGAACAUGUGGCUGGUGAUACUGGCAUUUAUGUAACAAAAAUUAUUGAUGGUGGAGCAGCAUAUCACGAUGGUCGUUUGAGAGUUGGCGACAAACUUUUAGCUGUUGAUAAUGUGAUUCUGGAAAAUGUUACGCAUGAAUUUGCUGUGAAUACGUUGAAACAGACGGCUUCUAAAGUAACUCUGGUUUAUUUGAAAAACCCGCAUCCAGAACUGCUGCCAAAUUUUGACGAUAGUGGUAAUCGCUCAGUUGGUGCUCCACCCACUCCGGCUCGUUCUGCUGCUUCGCUACAUCACGAUUCAUUUGAUACGCAACAGUCAUUUUAUACAGUAACACAGCAAGAGUUACCAUUAGGUCCACGUAUCGUGCACCUUAAUCGUGGAAUGCAAGGAUUAGGUUUUAACAUCGUUGGUGGAGAAGAUGGAGAACCGAUUUAUAUCAGCUAUGUUUUACCUGGUGGUGUGGCUGAUCUUUCUGGAAAUGUAAGAAAGGGUGAUGUGUUGUUGCAAGUAAACGGUGUCAAUUUGCGAAAUGCAACCCAUGCUGAAGCAGCUCGUGCAUUAAAGGAAGCUAUGAAUCCUGUGUCCUUAACGUUGCAGUAUCGGCCGCAAGAGUAUGGACAAUUUGAAGCUAAAAUUGAUCAGCUUCGUCGAGAUUUGAUGAGCGGCGGAGCGAUAACUUUUGGUGCACCACGUAAAGAACUUUUUGUCAGAGCCAUGUUUGAUUAUGAUCCAGCACGGGAGGCAGGUGUUCCUCAUCGUGCCUUACCUUUCUUUUAUGGUGACAUUCUACAUGUCACGAAUGUUGCGGACGAUGACUGGUGGACAGCACGACUGGUUACAGAAAAUGGUGAAGAAGGCAUGGAAGGAAUUAUCCCAUCCAAAAAGAGAGUUGAAAAGAAGGAACGACAACGGAGAAAACAGGUCAAUUUUAACGCCGGUAGUCAAAGUCUUCCUCGUGGUAUGGAUGGACGUCGUGGUUCACGUUCACAGCUGUCAUUCUCACGUAAAUUCCCAUUCGUUAAGAGUACCGACAAGCUUAACGAAUUCACUGACAAUGAGCUUGGUGUAAGUGAGGAUCCGAUCAUGUCAUAUGUCGCAGUGGAACGUCAACAAAUAAAUUACCCGCGUCCGGUUAUUAUUCUUGGAGCAAUGAAAGACCGCAUCAACGAUGAAUUGGUACUCCGUGAUCGAGAUCGAUUUAGUAGUUGCGUCCCACAUACGAGUCGACCUCCGAAACCAAACGAAGUAGAUGGUCGUGAUUAUCAUUUUGUUUCAAAGGAACAAAUGCAGGAAGACGUUCGAAAUAACCAAUUUAUCGAAGCUGGACAAUUUCAAGAUAAUCUUUAUGGCACGAGUAUAAAUUCCGUCCGUGAAGUUGCAGAAAUGGGUCGACAUUGUAUUCUCGAUGUAAGUGGAAAUGCUAUCCGUAGAUUACAAUCUAUCGCUAAUAUAUACCCAAUAGCAGUCUUCGUAAAACCGCACUCACCUCAUCAAAUUAUGGAAUGGGAUCAUUCGAUAAAUGAAGAUGAUGCUCAUACUGUAUAUCAGCGCUGUCAGAGAACGGAACAAAACUUUGGAGAUUUGUUUACUGCUGUUGUAAGUGGUCAAACAUUCGAAGAUCUCGUGCGCCGUGUCCUGAAUGUUAUUGCGGAGCAAUCACGACCACAUGCUUGGGUACCAUCACGUUCACAAGUCUUUUAAACCUCAUUUUGCUUGAUUCUAUGAUAAACUUUUUUCUUUUCCAAAAGCGCCCUCUUUUGAAGUUCCUGUUUUACAAAAAAUUUUUAUUCAAUCCGAUAUUGAAGUACUGGUCAUUGGUCCAUUUAGUUUUAUAGCGACUAAUUUUUGAAAGG